UGUGAACUUGGCUCCGCGUGUCGGCCACAAAUGUUCAGAUCAUGGAUACAUUAUUAGGAGUGAACGGGUGUAAAGAUCCUGGCCAAUGACAAGACCAAAUAUGAGUGCUUUCGGGAAGGACGAAGGGCUCAAAGCAGAAUCUUCCAGCUGUCUGUCUCUGAAGAGUGACCAUUCCAAAGAUAUUCCUCUCGCCUUCGGUAAUGAACCUGGACUAUUCGACGUAGAAGAGAAAACGACGAGCAGUGUUACUGAGGAACAGCUGCCAUGUUGUGCUUUGUGCCAGGACGUCCUGAGGAAUCCAAGGUCGACCCCCUGUGGACACUGCUUCUGCAGGGAUUGCACUGACUCAUACUGGGAGCAGUGUGAAUCAGCAGGAGACCCUCCCUGUCCCCAGUGUGGAAAAAGAUCCAGAAAAAGUCUUGAACCUCAAACACACAGUCAAAACAGCACGGAACCAAUUACUGGUAGUCUGCAGGAGGUUUUAGACUAUCAUAAGAUCAGUCUCAGAAGAAGAUGUGAAUUUGCAAUAGAAGGAACUGGUGAAGCAGGACCUCGAUCCCGUCUGAACAGGAUCUACACUGAGCUUUACAUCACUGAGGGACAGUGUGAAGGAAUUAAUAUCCAGCAUGAAGUGUGGCAACUUGAGACAAUACCCAAAGUGGAAACCCUGCGUGACACUCCAAUCAAAUGCCACGACAUCUUUAAAGUCUUACCUGGCCAAAAGAGAUUAAUCAGAAUAGUUCUUACCAAUGGCAUUGCCGGCAUCGGAAAAACCUUCUCAGUGCAGAAGUUUACUCUUGACUGGGCUGAGGGCAAGGAAAAUCAAGAUGUCAGCGUUGUGAUUCUGCUUACGUUCCGGGAGCUGAACUUGAUCAAAGAGGAGCAGUACAGUCUUCUCAAGCUUCUUCAUGACUUUGAUCCAACACUACAGAAUGUCACAGCAGAAAGGCUUGCUCUCUGUAAAGUUCUGUUAAUCUUUGACGGCCUGGAUGAAAGUAGACUUUUGCUGGAUUUCCAGAACAACGAGGUUGUGUCCGAAGUCACACAGACAUCAUCGGUCAACUUGCUGUUGACAAACCUCAUCAAGGGUAAUCUGCUUCCCUCAGCUCUCCUUUGGAUAACCUCCAGACCUGCAGCAGCCAAUCAGAUCCCUCCUUCAUAUGUUGAUAGAAUAACAGAAGUGCGAGGAUUCACUGAUGCUCAGAAGGAGGAGUACUUCAGGAGGAGAUUCAAUGAUGAUUCAUUGUCUGGCAGAAUCAUCUCACACAUCAAGGCAUCCAGGAGCCUUUACAUCAUGUGUCACAUCCCAGUGUUCUGUUGGAUCACUGCUACAGUUCUGGAGCACAUGUUGACUGCGGACCAAAAAGAGCUUCCCAAGACUCUGACCGAGAUGUACGCACACUUUCUGCUGGUCCAGUCCAAGAGGAAGACACAGAAGUACAAUAAGGGGCAUGAGAGAAUCCAACAAGAGCUGAGUGACGGAGAAGUCCUCUUGAAGUUGGGGAGACUUGCAUUUGAGCAUCUGGAAAAAGGGAGCAUCAUGUUCUACCAAGAAGACCUGGAACGAUGUGGUCUUGGUGUGGAAGAAGCCUUAAUUUUCUCAGGACUGUGCACAGAGAUCUUCAAAAGAGAGCGUGUACUCUUUCAGAAAAUGGUUUACUGCUUUGUUCAUUUAAGUAUUCAGGAGUUUCUCGCUGCUGUCUACAUGGUCCAUUGUUACCUGAACAAGAACAUUGAAGUUCUGGCCACUUUCCUGGGAGAAGACUGGGAUAAAAAAAGCAGUGAUGUGGGUCUGGAUGACUUCCUCAGUCGAGUUGUGGAGAAAUCCCUCAACAGUGUAAAUGGCCACCUGGACCUCUUUGUUCGCUUCCUUCACGGCCUGUUAUUGGAGUCCAACCAUUGUCUCCUUGGAGGUCUGCUUGGCUGGACAGCGAGCAGCCCAGAAGUAAUCCAGAGAGCAAUAAACAACUUGAAGAAAAUGAAUGCUUAUGAUAUCUCUCCUGACAGAAGCAUCAAUGUCUUCCACUGUUUGAUGGAGAUGAAAGACCACUCGGUGCAUCGGGAGAUCCAAGAGUACCUGCAGUCAGACAACAGAUCAGAGAAGAAGCUCACCAAGACCCAUUGCUCAGCUCUUGCCUACAUGCUGCAGAUGUCGGAAGACGUUCUAGAGGUGUUGGAUCUUAAGAAGUACAACUCAUCAGGUGAUGGACGACGGAGACUGCUCCCAGCUGUAAGAAACUGCAGAGAAGCUCGACUCUCUGGCUGUGGACUCUCUGAAACACAUUGUGAAGUUCUGUCCUCAGCUCUGAUGUCCAACCCCUCCCACCUGCAAAAGCUGGACCUGAGUGAAAAUGACUAUCUGCUGGAUACAGGAGUGAAGCUGUUGUCUGUUGGGCUGGGGAGUCCAAAUUGUAGACUGGAGAUUCUCAGGUUGAAGAACUGCAGUUUGUCAGAAAGUUGUUGUGAUUCCCUGGCAUCGGCACUGAAGUCCACCUCUUCUCACCUGAGAGAGCUGGACCUAAGUAACAACAACUAUCUAAAGGAUUCGGGGGUGAAGCUACUGUGCACUGGACUGGAGAGUCCGCACUGCAGACUGGAGACUCUGAGUUUAAGUUGCUGCAGGCUGUCAGAGAGCUGCUGUGCCCAUUUGGCCUCAGCUUUGAAGACCAACCCCUCCCACAUGACAGAGCUCGACCUGAGUAAAAACAAAGUGAAGGAUUUAGGGGUAAAUCUGCUGUGUGCUGCACUGGAGAGUCCUUGGUGUAGACUGAAGUAUCUGCGGCUUGAUAGAUGUGGUCUCACGGAGAACUGCUGUACAUCUUUGGCCUCAGCCAUGGCCAAGUCCAACCCCUCCAGCCUGAGAGAGUUGGAACUGAGUAGCAACGAUCUGCAGGAUUCAGGAGUGAAGCUGUUGUGUGUUGGACUGGAGAGUCCGCAUUGUGGACUGGAAGCUCUGAGACUGAGGUGCUGCUGGUUGUCAGAGAGUUGCUGUGCUUCUCUGGCGUCAGCUUUAAAGUCCAACCCCUCCAGUCUGAGAGAGCUUGACCUCAGUGAAAAUGAUCUACAGGAUUUGGGAGUGAAGCACCUGACUGCUGGAUUGGAGAGUCCGCACUGCAGACUGGAGACUCUGAGGUUGAAGCGUUGCCGGGUCACAGAUGAAGGCUGUGCCUUUCUGGUAUCAGCUCUGAAGUCCAAUCCAUCCUGUCUGACAGAGCUGGACCUGAAUGAAAACAGCCUGCAGGAAACUGGAGUGAAGCUGCUGUCUGGUGUCCUGGAGAGUCCAAACUGCAGACUGGAGACUCUCAGGAUGGAGGAAAUGGAGUAAACCUGGAGUGCGUCCAUCUGACUAUAAUGCAUCUUAUCAUUGGCCAUGAUGCGUUUCUGACUCCAGGGCUGCGAAAAUCUGCAACGUUACAGCUGUGUCCUGACGGGACAGUUCAACCCCAAAUCAAGAAAAUAACAUUUUUCUUUUUACUGUAGUGCUAUUUAUCAGUCUAGACUGUUUUGGUGUGAGCUGCCGAGUGUUGGAGAUAACGGUCGUACAGAUGU